UGUGGCUUUGUUGAGAGAGAGAGACGUGGGGGAUCGAUGCUGUCACGAGAUCGAUCAUCUUGCAAUGUCGUCAUUCAUCAAUCUAUUAUUUCGUCUAACUAAUAUCAAAGAUACUAGCAAGAAAAACGACUGCUGAGGAGGGAAGCAUGGACAUAGGGGCUGUGCCGAAGGAGUUUUUUUUAGUAUUUAAUAAUGAAUAAAACAUCGAACUUAAUUUUACUUUGUUUUUGGGCUUGAACCCAAGGUUCAGCUUUGCACACAUACAAAUUAUUUUUCUUUUCAGCUUUGAAAACAAUAAUUGAACCCUUCAUGAUUUUCAUAACACCUUUUCCCCAUUUUCCCUCAAAACCCUCAUUUUCAAGAGAUGCACAAGAAAGCAAAUUAUAGGACAAAUCAGGAACAUGUCUAACAUUUUUUAAGUUCACAAUAGAUCCAGAGUCAAAUUUAAGACACAUAUCUCCAAUUCCAAUAACUUUGCAUUUCUUUUCAUUAGCCAUGGACACAAUACCAUUAUCAAUCUCUUGAUAGUUUGAAAAAAGGUUUUUAAAUGGUGACAUAUGAAAGGUGCAACCAGAAUCAACUAGCCAAUCAGAUUCACACAGAUAAUCCGAUAGCACAGAGUUCAAAUAAGCAUAAUCUUUGAUCAUUAACACAUCACCAAAGUUGUUUGAUUCACUAGCCAUAUUAGCAUGAUCUUUUUGCUGAAUUUUCUUAGGCUUAGAACAACUAUUACUAAGACUUGGAUCUAGACUUACCCCUUCUCUGGUUGAAUUUUCUCACAUUUGAGUUAUCAUUGUUAGCAUGUUUAUGGUUUUGAAACUUAUUCAAAGUUCUACCCCUCACAUGCAUAACCUCCCCAGAAUUUUUAUCACUCUUAGAAUUUUUCAACUCUAAUUCCUUACUCUUAAGACCAUUCACAACAACAUCAAGAGAAAUAUUAUCCCUACCAUAUUUAAUUGCAGAUUUAACAUCACUGUAGGAAUCAGGAAUAGCAUUAACCCAUUUUUCAGAACAUUUAGAUUCUAAUGCUUCACGAUAAGUCUUGGGUUCAUCACACUCAAGGGAUUCAAACACAUGAAAAGCAAACUCAGACAUAUUACAGUCAUCAACAUAUCUCGCAGGCUCAGGUCACCCGUAAAAUUCGGUCCGUAGUUGUGCACUACAAGGGUACCAAAAAGAGCAACACCCCAACCCAACCUCGCCACACUCCACUCACAAAGAAACGGAGAAGAACUGAGAUCAACUCACAAAGGAAGAAAGAAACCCACACGGAAGUCUCACAAAGAGAGAAAAGGAGUUUUGUACGGUGUAGAAACACAAAGGCAAGCCCUCAAUAUAUAGUGGAGAUUAGGGUGGGGAAUCCAAAGGCUGGAUCCUUGAAAACAGUUCCAUUGCGUUUUCUAGAGCUUUGUGCAGAAUUGUUUGAUGGUAAUGCUGCCACUGGGAUGCACAAGUGGACCUCAACCCAACAAACAUCACUGAAUGCAUCAUCUUCUCAUUGUCGUCCUAAACCACUUUUGCUACAAGACACUGUUUUGCAUGAAAUAGAAGAUGAUGUUACUGACACUGGUCAUCAGACCUUUGAGAGUACUCCUGAACCUACUCCUGAGCCUAAUCCCGAUCGUACUUCUGAGCAUACUCCUGAGCAUAACCCCGAACCUAAUCCAAAGAAAAAGACUAAAAUUUCGAAAUCAACUAUCAAUUCGGAUGAAUUAGCACGUGAUAUGCAAGAAGCUAUACGGUGUUUGAUUAAAGGCAAAGAAGGCCCAACAGUUGUUGAGUGUUCAGAGAAGCUAAAGUUGGUUGGGUUAAACCCAAUAGAUCCCUUAUUUUUAGCUGCUUACCAUAUUUUUGGUGUGUCAUUAGACAUGAGGGCGGCAUGGAUGACAUUGCCAGAAAUUCCAGAAGUAUUAAAAGGGUGGAUCACGAUGACGGCUAGAAGUUUAGAACUUAUAAAUGAGUGAAAAACACCAUUCCCGAUUCCACCACCAGAUAAGUAUUAUCUUUGUGAUGCCGCGUAUGGACAUACACGAGGAUUUAUGGCUCCAUAUCGUAAUGUGAGGUAUUGGCUUGGAGAUUUUC